AUGAGGGUCCAAAGCAUUGCUCUCCUCUUCGGCCUAUGCGCCACGGCCCUCGCCGUCCCCCACAAACCUCAGAAUGAGAGGCUUCCUUGGAAGUCCUGGUCAGAGUUCCCAAGUGCGACCAUGACGUAUUUACCCACGCCCACACCGACUCCUACGGAGCCGCCAGGCGGUGAUGAUGAUGACGAUGAGCUCCCCUUCCCAUGGCCCACCGGCUGGAGGCCUCCUUUCAGCGACUUCCCGGACUCCGGGGAUGAUGACUACUCCAAGUCUGCUGAUGCUCACGAUGCCAGUUACACAUCGAUUCCCGGAUGGCCGGAUUCCGGGGAUGACGAUGACUCCAAAUCUGCUGAUGCUCACCACACCGGCCACACAUCUAUUCCUGGAUGGCCGGAUUCCGAUGGCAACAAACUUCCUUGGGAUGGCUCGAAGAAGGACAAGGGAGCUAAUGUUUGA